UGCUCUUGUCCAAUCAGGAGGCUGGACCUGGGGUUUCAAGGCGGUCAGUUACUGGGACCAACGAGGGAACCAGGAAGAGAAGCUCACGCAGACCAGACGGUCACCAUCCUGCACGCCAAGGUCGCCCAGAAGUCCUACGGGAACGAGAAAAGGUUCUUCUGCCCCCCUCCCUGUGUCUACAUCAGCGGUCAUGGAUGGAGGGUCAUGCAGGACCAUCUCAAAGCGGCGGGCUACGGCGACUCGUCGUAUCGACUGUGUGGUUACAUGUGUCUGGACAGCUGCAGCCAGUCUCAGGCCGACUCCUUCAAACUGGUGUUUGACGAGCAGCCGACCUCCCGGCAGAUGUUUGCCUGUGCCAAGUCGCUCUUCAUCUCCGAUCAGGACAAGAGGAAACACUUCUGCCUGCUGCUCAGGCUCUUUGUGGGAAACAGACAGGAAGUGGGCUCGUUUCAGAGCAGGAUGAUCAAAGUCAUCUCCAAACCGUCGCAGAAGAGGCAGUCCAUGAAGAACGCCGACCUGUGUAUCUCAUCGUGCUCCAGAGUGGCUUUGUUUAAUCGUUUGCGCUCUCAGACGGUCAGCACGCGUUACCUCUCAGUGGACAGAGGAGCCUUCAUAGCCAGCGCCAGACACUGGAGCGCCUUCACCAUCACCCUGGUGGAGGACCGGCGUGCCAGCCAUGGGGACUUUGUGCUGACUGAAGGUUUCAUCUGUUACGGCUGUGUGGUCCAGUUAGUGUGCACGGAGUCCGGAGUAACUCUGCCACCGAUGGUGAUCCGUAAAGUCAACAAGCAGCACGCCAUCCUGGACGUGGACGAGCCGGUUUCUCAGCUUCAUAAGUGCGCCUUCCAGUUCAGAGACGAUCCACAGUCCUUCCUGUGUUUAUCCAACGACGCCAUCAUACAGUACCAGGCCCCGUCCAGCGUCAGAGACCCGAGCAGAGUGGUGCUGAACGACGGAUCCUGUUGGACCAUCAUCGGGGUGGAAGUAGUGGAGUACACCUUUAACCAGGGUUUGGCGUGCAUCCAGACGCCUGUUACUCCUUUCCCUGUGAUCACUGGUUUAGAGGUGAAUGGUGGAGGACACGUUGCCAUGCUGGAGAUUGAAGGAGAAAACUUCAGCCCUCACCUUAAAGUCUGGUUCGGUAACAGCGAGGCGGAAACCAUGUUCAAGUCUCCUAAGUCUCUGCUCUGCGUCGUUCCUGACGUCUCCAUGUUCACCGACGUCUGGUGCUCUCUGCGACGCAUCAUCACCGUCCCGCUGUCUCUCCUCCGAUUGGACGGCCUGAUUUAUCGCACGCACUUCAGCUUCACCUUCACCCCGGAGCUGCAGCCGCCGCACUCUGUCCGAGGAGCAGCGGGAGGAGGGAGGAGAGAUGACGGGGUGGAGGGAGGAGCGGAGGACGACGUCCUGUUGGAGACAAUCCACCAGGAGUUCACCAGAGCCAACUUCCACCUCUUCAUGCAGACGUAGCUCACCUGAUGGAGGCGAAUUAAGAAAAAAAAAGACACCAGAACAGCUCGACAUGUAAGCAGGAGACGCCAACAGAAAGUGGAAUCUGUGCGGUGUCGUCCUGUUUGGUGAAUCAGGAUGUUUUUUUAACUCAUCACAUUUCAAGUAUAUCCGACGCUAAAGCCCCAUGAUCCUUAGUGUUUCCUGUUAACAUUCAUCAAUAUGCAAGUAGUAUUCAUUUGACUUUUUGAUCCAGUAGUUGUCGCCCUUGAGCUCCAGCAUAAAACCAAAACAAACUGCUGUUAGGCCACGCCUCCUCCAUCCUGAAGCCUCCGCCCUCCACCAGCGACACACCUCCAACCCCCCUCCACUCGAGUUCGUACAAAGGAGUUUUAGCACAACCGGCGGACAAGAUUGUCCUUUGCUUUAGCUGCAAUCACCUGUGUCCUGCAUUGUUGUGUUAGCAUGCUAAUUUUAGCGCUCUUUAGUUAGCUCGUAGCUUCA